AUGGGUAACUUGGACCCAAUUCGGCUCAGUAAAAAGGUGUAUCAGUGCUACGGCGGCUCUCUGCUCGAGCUGUGGAAGCUGUGGUCUGCCUCGUGCCUCACGUCAGCACUGCUGCUCCUGACGUCCGUGGGACCUGUCAGCACAGGGGACGUCAGCGGGGACGGCAGAGUGGGCGUCAGCGGGGACGAUAUCAAAAACUACGGCUUGAGCAAGAGAAUGGACAGCAGUGUGGACGACAAAGUGGACGAAAGAGUGGACGACAGAGUGGACGGCAGAGUGGACGAAAAAGGGGACGAAAAAGUGGACGGCAGAGUGGACGACAAAGUGGACGAAAGAGUGGACGACAGAGUGGACGGCAGAGUGGACGACAAAGUGGACGAAAGAGUGGACGACAGAGUGGACGGCAGAGUGGACGACGCGGCAAAUGGCGAGGACGACGGACAAGACAGCGACGACGUGCUGGUGUUGGAGAUGAGGAGAGAGCGGCUGCUGUGGGCACAAUAUACGACCAGCACCCGCAAUGCUCUCCUGGUCAUCACCUCCAGCACCUUGUACACCUGCCUGUCAGUUUCGACGGCGGCAGCUUGCACGGGUCGCCGCCAGCGGCUCAUGACCGCAAAUCUGGUCACAAAACUGCCUUCGCUGGACGACGUCGGUGGAGUUAGGGUGAAAAGGCAACUCGAUGAGAAAAGAAAUGUUGGUAGUACAAUCCAGCCUCUCGAUUCAUCCAAAUCUAAUAGUCUAACCCAAGUUUUUGUUUCAAACGAAAUUUACGCUCCAAAUCGAGUUAAUGGCUCAAACGAAGCAAAAGGUUUAACGCAACUUGACGACUCAGCCCACGAAGAGGGUUCAACCAAAGUUGAGGAUGACACAAAACUUGAAAACUCAGCAACUUUCCCUCGUCAGUCAAGUUCCAGUCCAAUAUCGGCAAACUUGGUUGCGCUCGACAGUUCGCUCAGAGAAACCCAGGACCUGGUUGCAGAUCCUGCCACCGGUAGUAGAAGUGGCAAGAGCAUCCUGACGGUGUGGUCAACCGUGUCGUCAACCAAGACCGUCACCACCUAUCUCACCAACACCUUCACCACUGUCAGCCUCAACGCCUUGUGCACGGUGGCUGGCAUCACCAUUCCUGCGUGUGGCUAAUCGUCCUUUCGUGCGGUUUGAUAAUUCCACAUGUUGCUAGAUCAUUUCCACGGUAGGAUUAAUCAUUUUAAAGUGUAGCUUAAUCCUUUCCAUGUGUAGCAAAAUUAUUUAUACUCGUACAUGUAGCUAAAUAGCUUACACGUAUGACUAAAUCAUUUCCACUAGCAGCUUAAUCUUAUCUGAGCGCAGUAAAUCUUUUUGCAUGUGAAUAAAUCAUUUAUAUGUGUGGCUAAAUUCUUUUAAUGUACUGAUUAAUCAUUUCUACCUGUGGCCCGAUCAUUCAAACGUGCGAUCAAAUAAUUCAUGCGUGUAGGAAGUUACCUCGUCAAACUGGCAGUGGCACGUGUGUGCGAUUUUGUUUCUUUUAA